GGACGGUGUCAGUUUCCACUGUGUGCCUUUCAGCGUUGCAUUUUCCGCCACCAGCAGCAGCAGCAGCCAGCAGCCAGCAGCCCCCUCCUCGCCCGCCACUCUCCCUCCUCUCCCCUGGCUCCCUCCACAACUGGGAAAUAAUCACAAUUAAUUUUUUUCCUCGUAAAGGGGGAAAAAAAAGAGGAGGAGGAGUGGGAAGGAGGGAGGGAGGAAGAGCCUCCCUCUCCGAGGGGCCGAAAAAAAAGAAAGAAAAAGCACAGCAGAGGGGGAAAGAGAUUGCGAGGCGAGUGGGUGAAGGGGUGGGGGGGAAGCCGAGGAGGAAAAGAAAGAGCGCAAGAGACAAUGGGCUGGCGGAGGAGGAGAAGCAAACCAUCCGGAUUAGAAAGAUUUUGAGAUCCCAGCACUGGAGCUGCGCAUUCAGGAGGAGGUGGGGAGAGGCAGAGAGAGGAGGCGAGGGAGAGCGAGGGCUGCGGGGGGGGGGGGAGGCAGAGCCAACUCCUGGGGCGGCGCGGGGAUCCGAGGCGAGGGAGGGGGCUCGGUGGCGGAGAGGAGCCCGGCUGCGGGGGAGCGAGCAUGAGCAGGAGCUGAGCUGAGCGCGGCGGCGGCGGCGGCGGCGGCGGCAGCCCUGCGCUCAUUGCAAUUGACAGCGUCUGCAGUUCAUUUCAAGAUGGCCGCUUGGCUCACAUUCAUUUUCUGCUGAGCGACUUUUAACUUUCAUUGUCUUUCGGGGCGGUUCGGAUCGUCGCCCGCCGGCUCCUUCUCGCGGGUACGUAUCCCCGGGCGCGGCUGCCCUCCGGGGGCCGGGAGGCGGCGGGGCCUGGGAGGCGGUUUCGGGGGGCUGCGGAGGGGCGCCAGCCUUGCUAGGUGUCCCCGGGCUCUCGGGGUGGGGAAAGCGCUGACAGGCUGCUCCAUCUCCGCGCUGCCUCCGCGCCCGCGCGCCUUCGCCCUCCGCGCAGGGACCCCGGGAGGCGCGGCGGCGGCGGCGGCGGCGGCGGCCCGUGCACUGGCUGGGGCGACGCCCCCCCUCCGGCGGAUUUCGGUUCCUUUCCUCCCUCGGCUCGCCGCUAGCCCCUUCCUGGGCACAUGGCCCCGCAGGAGGAUAUUUCUAUUUUCAGCCCCUGCUCGCCGAUCUCUCUGGGGCUCCUUUGUUUAAAUGCAGAUUUCGAUUGAACGCGGGCGGUGCAGGAAACCUGGCGCUGCCUGGGUCAGGGGACGGCGGCUGCCCGGCCAAGAAGCGCCUCGCAGGGGGUUUCAGGAGCCCCGCAGAGCCCCCAUCUUAUAGGGAUGGGUCCCCCCCGAGGGGGCGAUCCCGCUGGGGGGCUGGUCGCGCUCGGGAGGGCUCUCCCAGGAAUUUUAUUAACUUAAGUUUGGCGGACCCCGGUGUGGGACUGGAUGGCUCGUAAGAUGGCGGUUCUCGCUCAGCUUGCAGCUGGGCGCUUUUUCUCGUGUGUGCGUAAAAUGUUAAAGUUUCUGCGCUUUGGGGACGGGAGGGCAAAGCUGGGAAAUUAACUUCGGGGGCACAGGGGUUUCUGCGUUGAUGCGAGUUUGCCCUGUGCAGACGGAAGAGAUUUGGGGAAGCUGAGGUGCUGGGACUUUGCAGGAUCUUCCAGCGCGGCUUUCUUAUUCUCUAACUGGUUUUCUAGCCCCUUGUCCCGCAGUCCUUCCAAGCUGGGUCAAGGCAAGUUUAGUAGCAACGACUUGCUAGUAUGCGAGGUGUGAUGGUUUUGCUCCUGGCGCGAGAAACCGAGCACACGUCCACCUAACCUAGCUUGGCCUAACCUAGCUUGACAGGAGAGUCCUGGCAAAAAGAGUUCAGGAAAUAAGUCGGGGCCAUCAAAUCCUACGGGUAAAAUCCCCCUUUGCCCCCAAACCUGGGAGAGACAGACAUGUGGUCAGAACACCCCCAUGGCGUUCGUUGAACCUCUAACAUUUUUCUUGCCUCCAGAACUCAGGAGCACAAGACGCAGCUAAGUAUUGGGGGAGAGUUUGUUUGGAAAUGACCCUCCAAGGAGGAGGAACACACUCUGAAAAUAUAAUAUGGGGCGGGAGGAGAAUGGGAUGCGUCCGUAUGUGUAAGGGAAGACUUUUGCUGGAAGUUGGCGGAUUCUGUGUGUAGCCUCUUAACCUUUAAUAAGUUUGGACACCGCGCUGGCUGGGAAGGAACCAGAUUUUGUGGUAGCAGGAGACCAGCUGGAGAGUCCCAUUUGCUACUUUUAGGAGCUUGGCUCUAAAGGAGGAAGAUUUCUGCCACUGAGCACAUUAAUUUCUUCCCUGGAAGCCGCUUCCCUCCCGCACUUAAAGAUGGAUUUCAGCCAGAUAUUGGGAAGAGAGAGCACGGAUCUUAUUGGCAACGCAUGUGGGCAUACAUGCGUUCCAGAAUCGGUUUUCAAUCGAUUGAUUGAUCGCCAUCAGGAUUUAGGUCUGUUGCAAGAAUUCUAAGGUCUCAAAUACAUGGCAGGUGAAGGAAGGGCUAUCUGCCUGUGUGGCUGUUGGUGCAAAGGGUGCAUCUCUGCUUCAUCGAGGCUUACCUCGUCUUUGGGUCGACUCCGCUCCCUUUUCAGCUGCCGGCGCAGAUGCUUUGUGCUCAUUCACGGGGUACCGUGAGCCUUCAUAACUAGGGCUUGCCCCUGUAUUUUGAAGUAACCCGCGCAUGGCCUCCAAGCUGGCUGUCAUAGCAAGCUUCGCCCUCCCCUUGUUUGCACGGUUGAAGACUUGCCUGGCGAGCGAGAGAGCUCCUGGAAUAAAAUAUAUUCGCUCGUGUUAAAGGUCAGCGUUUCUUGACUGUAUGCACGCCGAUCUUAACAUAAGGAGGGGGCGGGGAAUGAGAAGUUGAAGCUCCCCUCCUGGAGGAGGAGUUGGCGCGUUUGGGAGUGAAAUGCUCUUUAUGUUUACGCGCGCAGUGCAAACUGUGUGUGAACAGAAAGGGGGGUGCGUGUGCACACGUGUGUGUUGGCUGGCGUCUUUCACUGUUGUUCUUCGGUUCAGUUUGCUGGUUUUCAGACCCCGGAUUUCAGAGAUUGCUUCGACCAUGCCCUGGGGAAGAAGGCUAACUUGGGUCAUAAAUAAUAUGCGGUUAAGGGAAAGAGCUUCAACCAGGAAAGCUUCACGGCUGUUGGGAGUUUUCUUUCAGUUAGGAAGUCCUUUGUGAAAUAAAACAUGUUCGUCUCUUCCAAAAGAUUAGGUUGCUUCGGUGGGUCUCAGCUCUGGAGAAGAAUUGUAAGGCGACCGAUUAAAACAGCCACCUACUUGCGCCAGUUGUGAGAUAUUUAGGAUUUCUUUCACGAAUAAAAGGAGGGCAGGAGAGACAGGUUUAGGUCACCUCAAGAAGGAGUCUUCCUCCUGGCUGAGGGCAAGGAGGGAAAUCGCGGGCAAGAAGCCAAGAGCCGAGACUGGCGAGAUCCAAAAACUCCAGGCUGCUCCUUUGUUGGAGAGAUCUUGGAAAAUCCGCACACAAUGCAUGGGAGCGCCCAGCCUCGCUGCCACCCUCGAGUUUAAGGCCAAGGCUAGCCCCUCUGCCCCGGGCCUUCUCCCCUUUGGGGAAUUUGUGUGUGUGUGUGUAAGAGAAACAUUUCCCCCUGGUACAGCGUUUGCUUCCCUCUCCCCAGAGAAGGAGCUGCUUGCUUGCUCAGGUUGUCUCUGCUGCUGCCAGUCCCAUCUCCUCCUUCCUUCGAGCAACGCGAGGGCUUUUGCUCUUUCCUUGGCCAAGUUCGGCUGGGAUUGCGGGCUCUUUGCAGGGAAGGUUUUCGCCUUGGUUGCGAGGGCAUCUGCUGAGAUCAGGGACCUUAACCUGGGCUCCGGGGCGGCAGGCGCCUUUCCCUCCUUCCCGGCUGUCUCUGGAGCUGGUGGCACCGUAAAUUGCUCUGGUUCAGCAACCUCUGGAAAUGACACUCGGGCCGCUGUGCUGGUCUGGGACGAGGUGCGGAUUCAGAUGCGCGGCUGGGCUGCCGCCAGCGACGGUCCAACUUGGAGCCCCGUCCCGGCGCAGACGCGGCUCGUUGGAGAGGGCAGGAAACCGGAGGCUGAGCUGCUGCCGCUUCCUUGCCCGGACUGAGUCGACGUGGAUGGAGGCCCCUGCGAGGAGCUGCCGAAAGGGCCGGGAGGAGCCUCUCUGCUCGGCCUGGCGCACACCCCGGCGCUGGCUCAGGCCGCCCCCGAGGCCUCCCCCUCCAGCGCCGCUCUUGGCCUCCUGCCCGGCCCCUUGGCGGCGGAGGGGAAGGAGAGGAAAGGACCCCUUUCCCGGCCCCCGCCACGCCCCCUGCGCCUUUCCUGAGGCUGCACCCCGCCCCCCAUGCGCACACCCGUGGCCCCUUCUGCCCACCCCCUCCCCCCUCCCCUCCCGGGUGCGGCACACCUAGACCCUCGCAGCUGGCAGCGCUCUCCCGGGCCACCUUCCUGGGCGCACUUUCUCUCUCCCUCUUGGCUUUCUCCGCCACCCCCCUCUAUUCCCUCUUUCUCUCCCCCCUCCCCUCCCCCUCCUCCUGGUGCUGCGCUCCGGGCGGUGGCAGGAUGCCAAGUGUAAGUGUAAGUUGCUAUAGCAACCCCCUCCAGAGCGCGGUUCCGAAGGCGCCGCCGUCCCGAGCCUGUUGGGCUGGCGGCAGCGAGGCGACGCGGGAGAAGCCCAGUUCCGCCGCGGCCCGAUCCCCUCCUGCUUCGCCUUGCCCAGCGGCCCUGGUGCCAAGGUGCAAGGAGCAGCUCCCUCCCUCCCUCUCCCCCCUUCUUCUUCUUUCUUCCUCCUCCUCCUCCUCCUCCGCCCCCUCCCCUCCUCCCCCCUCGCCGGAAAUGCCCAGGGCAGCGUCCGCAGCUGCACCGGGAUCCGGCGCCUCCUCCUCCUCCUCGUCCUCCUCGCCUCUCCCCCGAUCGCGAUCCUCAGCUCCGGCAAGCGCCCCCGGGGUGCCCUGCUCGCCGCGGGAGAAGGGCCCCGAGAAGCCCCGCACCCGCCGCCGCGCCAGGCCAGGCGGGCAGGUGGGCACUGGGCAGAGCAGCAGCCCCCGCGCGGCGGCGCAGCCCCUUCCCUGCGCCCGGGCCUCCCGCUUUGCAUUACAGUUCCUGCCUCGCCAGCUUCCCGCCGCCGCCGCCGCCGCCUUCCGAGUUACAUUUCCGAGGUUUCUUCUCCUCCUCGAGGAGGGGCGAGCGGGAGGCCGGGGGCUGCCUUGCCAGCCAGGAGGGGUCCGAAGGGGGAGUGGAGGUUGCGUGCGCCUCGGAGACGCUUCCCUCCCGCACUUAAACGGCCCUCCUGUGUGCCUUUCAGAGCUGCAAAAAUGCAUCGCACCACCCGCAUCAAAAUCACCGAGCUAAACCCCCACCUCAUGUGCGUGCUCUGCGGAGGGUACUUCAUCGAUGCGACCACCAUCAUCGAGUGUCUGCACUCCUGUAAGUACCGUCCGGGUUCACACGUGCCCUUAGCCCUCCAGGGACGCAGAAAAAGGCUCUGGGCCAGCGACCGCCCACCCCCGCCAGCCUCUGAUCCCUCGCAAGAAAGGUCUGCUCCCAUUUACAUGCGGUUGCCAGUGGCUCCAUAGUCUUGUAAACAUGCCCUAUAUAUCUUUAAGGGACUCCCUCCGGCUCUUUGCAGCUCCUUCGAGAUUUGGCCCCCUAUCCAAAUAAUGGUUACCUCUGCUUGGUGGCUCCGGGUUUAGAAAAGUCUCGUUACUUCUUUUAAUAGCUGGAAACCUCGCCUUGACCGCUGAUCAAAAUCUUGCCUCUUCUUUUCUCUCUCUCUCUCUCUCUCUCUCUAUCUAUUUUCUUAUAGUUUGUAAGACGUGCAUCGUGCGCUACUUGGAGACCAGCAAGUAUUGCCCUAUUUGCGAUGUCCAAGUUCACAAAACCAGACCCCUUUUAAAUAUAAGGUAGGCGAGAGACAACUGAACUGCUGUCUUUCAUUUCAGGUGAGAAGUUCAGAGGGUAGCGACGCUUGCGCGCUUCUUUGGAUUGCCACCUCUUCAUCACACGUUGGGAUCUGGCUGGAGAUGUCAGUUUGCAAACUGAAGUUCAUGUGUGAAGGUGGAGCUGGCAUUUAAGUCCUGUCGCUCCUUGAAUUCCCUCCAAACCCAAACCCCAGCUUCUUAUAUGUUUACGGAUACGUACUUUAUUCUUGCCUUGCCUGACCAAACUGCAAAUUAUUGUCAGUUCCAGCUAACCCACCUCCCUCAUAUAUUCUGCUGGUGGAGAAAGGCAAAAGUUAGAUUCAUUUCAGAAGUCCUCCUUACUUAGCUGCAUCACCCUUUGCUGUUUAGGGAUGGCAUCUCUUGAUUAGCUGCAUGCAUUUUAGACAGUAACACUGUGGCAAGUAGGUUUCUGUAGACAGAAUUGUUCCCCACCUAGGCAGAUAAGUAUCUGGUGUAAAAGACUCCUGUCUAAACCAUUUUUAAAUGUUGCAGGAAUUUGGGCUGACCAUUUGAAUCUUUUAGAAAAUACUCUUUCUUUGCUUUGGAAAGUAAGGUGCAGUUUGGAUUUUAAUACUGGCACCCUUCUAAAUUUGAGCGUCCUGGGAUUUUAUAUUUCAGAUCUGAUAAAACUCUCCAAGACAUUGUCUACAAGUUAGUGCCAGGCCUUUUCAAAAGUAAGUAAGCCCUUCUUACAUUAAGUGACCACCACAAGCACAAUCUUGUAUGAAAGCCAGAGUAUACUAAAUGACAAAUGUGUGUUCUCACUCAGAUGAAAUGAAAAGAAGAAGAGACUUUUACGCUGCUCAUCCGUCUGCUGAUGGUAAAAGCUUCAAUAUCUUUCUUUUGUAGACAUAAAACUGUCCGCUUAUUCAAAAGCUUAGGUUGUUAAAACAUUUCCCCAUCUAUUCUUCCCCUAACAUUUCAGUGACAAAAUACGGCAUAAUUAAUUUAAAGGUUUUUAAAGCAUGCUACAGAGAGUUAUCUCAGUAUUUGCAGAAAUAAUCUUAGCUGUGAGAGAGAUUCCCCUCUUGAUGAGGUUUGUUCUCAUUCGAAUUUAAAGAUGUAAAUGACUGUGGAAAUUUCUGUGCAGCUGCCAAUGGCUCUAAUGAAGACAGGGGUGAAGUUGCAGAUGAAGACAAAAGGAUUAUAACAGAUGAUGAGAUAAUAAGCUUAUCCAUAGAGUUCUUCGACCAAAAUAGGCAAGUUGUGAACACAAUAAUUUACUUUUAUCUGCACAUUCUUAGAUAGCUCUUCUUUGUUAUAAUUGUAUCACUCUUCUUCCCAGACUGGAACGGAAAGGAAAUAAAGAGAAAGAGAAACCCAAAGAGGAGGUAAAUAACUUUUACUUUCUUUGGAAUUUAACAGACCCCUUCUUUAGAAAGUAGUUUAGAUUAUUUGUUUGCCCCAGCUAGAUUAAUAGUUAUUUUUAUCUCCCUAAAGAAAUUAACACUGCAGGCAGCUAUUGUACAGACAUUUAUUGUUUCUUCUUGGCAACUAAAAUUAAAAGGGAACUGAUUGAUGGUCCAAAAACUUUUGUUUCCUUCUAGUUUUCUUUACCCAAAUUUUUUUUUGAGGAGGAAACUUGUCAUAUAUUGUAAAUAAACCCUGGAAAAUGUAUGUUACUACAUUUUGACUCUCCUUAAUUAACUGUUCUGCAUUUUUGUUAUUUUGAUUUAGCAGUUAGUUUCUAGUUUCCAGCUAUGCUUAUGUAUCUCUACUACAUUUACACUGAAUUCUUAAUUAUAUGCAUUAUUUUUUCUCCCUAAUCAAACACCCUUAUCAGGUGAAUGACAAAAGAUAUUUGCGCUGCCCUGCAGCUAUGACUGUAAUGCAUCUGAGAAAGUUUCUCAGGAGCAAAAUGGACAUACCCAAUACUUUUCAGGUACAUUUUUUGUUUAUUAAAGGGGUGAUAGUGGUAGAAGUUCCAGUAAAAUCUGGGCUCCUGGCAUUUAAUUUAAAUGAAUGCUUUUUACUUAAAAAUGUAUUGCCACAAACUUACUAAGCAACACAGUGUACCAUGUAAGCUAGUGGUUUGCUUUGGUUUAUAUACAUAAAACAAGCUGUUAAUGUAGUCCUCUAUUUUCAGAAACUGGAGAAUCAGAUAAGUAUCCCCCAGUGUUUUGCUCUGUGCUGUCAGAUCAUAGGUUCCUUUGUCCUUGAAAGAUCAGAGCCUGCGCAGCAUUUUAGACAGUCUUUUUCAUGCUAAGGUUGCUCAAUAAGCCUUUGCCUAAUGGCUUUUGCGUCUGGGUUAUAAAAAAACCCCCAGCAACCACCAAAACUCUUAAAUAAAAGACUUGAAGUAUUGGCUCCUUAAGGGCCGAUCAGCAAUCCCACUAAAGCCUAGGACUCAGGAAAGAUAAAUUCCUCCAUCCCAACAAAUGUAAGUCUAAGUACCUGGAUUUAAAUCUUUGGUUGAUUUGGGUCAAGGGGCUUAACUCUUACAGUGUCGUUUAAAUUUGGAGCCAGAUGCAUAUUUCUUUGGCUUGCACGUUGAUGCCGUCGCUUCCUCUCCACCCGCGUAAAACGAAGCUCAAUUGCAUCUCUCCCCCUAGAUCGACGUCAUGUAUGAAGAGGAGCCCUUGAAGGACUACUACACGCUGAUGGAUAUUGCCUAUAUUUACACUUGGAGAAGGGUAAAUAGUGCAGGGGGGGAGGCUUGGAAGCCCCUGCCUUGAGCGAGGUGCGGACCGAUGGGGAAGAAGCGCCUGGUCUGAGGACGCCCUCCUCUAAUUUUAUUUUAUUUUUCUUGCAGAACGGCCCCCUCCCUUUAAAGUACCGGGUGCGACCAACUUGCAAGAGGAUGAAGAUCGGCUGCCACCAGCAGGAUGGGCUGAACCACAGCGGGGAACUGGAAAGUGACUCUGGGAGCGAGAAGGCGAGCAGCCCCGCGGGAGGCGGCCCGCCCUCCACCUCCUCCUGCUUGCUCAGCCCCGGCACCCCGGUGCAGUCCCCGCACCCCCAGUUCCCUCACAUCUCUAGUACUAUGAACGGAACCAGCGGCAGCAGCAACCACCACCCCUCCUUCAGCAACAGAGCCCGGAAAGCCUCCGUCAACGGCUCUUCUGCCACGUCUUCGGGCUGAUGCGCCGAGCGCCUCUGGGACUCCAAAAUCUCCACCGUUGUCUCUUUUAGACCUGCUCUGUCCUGUCCCGUCUCCUUCUCUCCGUGCCACUCAGCUUUAUAGAUGCUAUCCCCUCGUGUGACUGUCCUCCGAAUUGCUUUAAGAAGUGAGAGGGACGAUCAGCGAAACCUCCCACACGAACCUUAGAUAUGGGAACUUUUGGAUAUUAAAACGAACCUCGGCUGUUGUGAAAACAGGGGGAUUUGAGCUUUGAGCGUCUCCUCUGGACCGUGGAUUUAGAAAGAGGAGAAGGAGGUGUUUCUAAAGGACUAGCAACGCUAUAAACCCGGAUAAACUAUAGAGGAAAAGGAAUGCUUUUUGGUUUUUGCCACAUCCUUCGUGGUUUGGACGGGAUUCUCUGGAAAAUGGAUGCAUAUCAGUAAUGGGAUCUAGUUUUUUGCUAACCCAGACUAACUUCUACGUUUAAGAUCUCCGUUGUUAAUCGUUAUUUCACUGUUUUGUAAAACUGCAGAAAGCAAGUGGAUUUCCCCGCCACCCCACAUCUUAAUAUUCUUCAACAAAACCGGAUUGGAGAAAAAAACGCAUAGAAGAACUAUGCAUCAAUGUAGCCAUGUCACUGUGAACAACAAUUUCCUGCUUUAUUAGCCAGUUUUAUUUUCUUUUAUUUUCUCUUUUUUUAAAAAAUGUGUUUCACCCAUAACUUGCCUACUGCAGCACAGAAAGGAUUUAAGAACUGGGGGAAGGAGGGGGGUGAGAGAUGAAAAACCACAGAACAAGAAAAAAAUGUACUAUUUCAGUUUUUACAACCUGUAUGCCUGAAGGCGGGUAUUGCCGUUUAUUUUACUGGCUUGUUUAAAGAAGGAAAAACAAACGAGGGGGGUGGGAACCACAUUUUUUGGAGGAUAAGAAUCAGGUGGCAUUUUGCAUUUGUGCAACAUUGCCACGUUCUUAUUUGACAAAACAGGAAGCAGUAUUGUAUGAUAUAUUUAUAACUAUUAUAAAGAGAAUAUUGUGUUUCUCGCACUCUCGACGCGGUGGUUCAGUUUCCCUGGCUAGCUCGGCCCUUGGUGACGCCUCUUCUUAGCUCCUUGCUGACGAAGCAGACACCAGCUUUCCCCCCUAGUGACGCCUGAAGGCUGCGGGGUCGCAGGGAGCAAGCUCAAACCGCGGUUAACCCGGAAGCAAUUGGCCAUCUCGAAAGAGUUUUACGGGCUUUGUCUUGGUUCCAAGUAGUAUUUCGUUUCAUUUCUUACUUUUUACAGAAUGUGAUUUAUUGUUCCAACGGUGCAGUGGGAAAGAAUUCAGGAGAGCAGGAGGCGACGCCAGGAACGCGAGGGCGCAUUAACUAUUUCAUUAAAUUUUAUUAUUUGGUGUGAUGGGUUUGUGUUUCCACCCUUAAAAUAUAAAAAAAGCACAGGAAAUCACACAAGAAGCCAUAAGAUAUGCGGGAAUCUAUUUGAUUAAGUUGUUCUUUCUUAAGAAAUCAGCAAGUUGCUGGAUGAAGGCUUUUAGUCUAAAUUUGUUUUAAUAUAUAUAUAUCUGUAUGUAUGUAUAUGGUACAGUACUAAUUUGGUUAAAAAUGAACAGGUACUCUGAUAUUUCCAAUAAGCUGCGGGGAAUCCCUUCUUCAAGGCGGGCCUCUGAAGGCGUUGCGUUUGGGAAAAGAAGGACUGUUUUAAAAGUUAAGCGUUGUGAAGAGCCCCCAAAUACUUUUCAGUUUGUGCUUUGCUUUUGGUCAAACGUUGUGUGUGUGUGUGUGUGCGCGCGCGCGUGUGUUCUUCACUCACCAGUUACGCAUUCGUGAGGGUGGUUAUCCUAUAUGACUAUUGUUUUCAUGUUUGUACGGGGAAAUUGUAGCUAAACAUUUCAUUGUCUCCAGUCUGCGAAAGAAGCACAAAUUCUAUUGCUUUGUCUUGCUUACGGUCAUUAAAUCAUUACUUUUGCAUAUACCCCGUUGCUACUUCUUGUAACGUUAUAUAGUCAAUGUUUAAGGGUAUUAUUAACUUUUGUAUGUCUCCAAAAAGAGAUCCGGAGAUCAUGUUCACCGGAUUUAACACUUAAAGUUUAACAUUCAGCUUAACUAAAUGGAACUUGCAACCUAUGAAGUUUGUGGUCCUGUACACGCGCUUUCCUGGGAGAUAGCGCCAAAGAUCAAUAGAAAGCAAAGGGACUUCCUUCCUUCCUUCCUUCCUUCCUUUCUUUCUUCCUGGUAAAAGUAGUUUGGAUUGGGUUGUGAGCGAUUGUAGUCCUUCAGCUGCUAAUGUAAAUGUGAGAUAUAUACUUUGAAGUAAUGUCUCUUUCAGACUAAUUCUUUUUUUCGUGAUAGACGUAGUCACAAGCACAAAUUCAGUUUUAGGUAGUCGAAUAAUUUUUUAGUUGGGCAGAUCAAACCAAUCCAAAAAGAGAUUCUAAAAGGGGAAAACGCGUGUUUCCAAUGAUGAUAUAAAAUACAGUUUGAGAGAAUAGGAUCCCUCUCAUGAAUCAGAUCGGGCUUCCAGUGAAAACACAUAGACACACACAUCCCUGUUCCCUUAUUGUUUCACAAUAAAAUAUCUUAGAGAGGAAGGUUAGAUCUAGAUUCAUGCACAUGAAUUAACUCACAUACAGUCCAUAGACUGUAUUAGUCGCUUCUGACAGAAUUCCAUCUCACUAACAGUGAAAGGAAUUAAAGCAGCUGUGUUAUAACAAGUCUUUUUCCUGCUUUGGAUUAGUUCUGAAAAAAUCCUCAACUGACUGUUUUUCAAAGGAGGAAAAAAAGGUAAAAAAGUAUAAGAAGAUGGAAUAAUUAUCACAAAGGCCAAUGUUGAACCCAAAGUUCUGAACUGCCGAUAAAUCAAACCAAGUUUGCGCAAUUUGGUUCCAGUUCAAUCACGGCAAACGCUGCUAUAUUUUGAAACUGAACUGAUACUGUAUUGGUAUUGCUAAUUCUGCGAAGAUAAGUGUGGGUUGAUUGCAUCCACCAGACAAGCACGUUUAACUGGGAGCGAGUCCCAUUCAUUUCAAUGAAGCGUGCUUCCAUCGCAGUGCUUUGAGGGUCACUGCCUGAACCUGAACUCUCGCCGGGUUACUGGAGUCAUGGUGAACAUUUUAUCUUCCUUUUAUACCGUGAGUACACCUUAAGAAAAAGAACACGGUUUUGAAAGGAUUUCCAGAUGGGUGCCUGUUCGUGUUGGUUGCUGAAACACCGACGAAGAGUCUAAGAGGAAGAC